AUGGGCAACGGGCCUCUGGAGAGGAAUCUCCACUUCGAGAUGAAAAAUCAAGACCUCGUCAAACUCCCCAGAUAUGCCAAAGUCGAAAAACGGCCUAUCCCUCAUGCACCAGUCGCCUCACCCUAUGCGGGCGCGUCUGUACCCAAGAUUGUCUACGUCUCGAGCAAGACACCUUUCAUGAGUGCGGUCAAGCGCGUCCAGAAACUACUCCGCCAGGCUGAGAAGCGCGCGACCGCUGGUAUCAGUCUCGAGGAUACGCAGAAAACAGAAAAGCAGAAGCUUGCAGAGCUUGCUCAGGCUGCCGAGACGCGAGAGGAGAUCUUUGUGAAAGCUACCGGCAAAGCGAUUGAGAAAGCCCUCAAUGUGGGCAAAUGGUUUGAAGAGAAGGAAGCCGAAUACAAGGUCCGCGUGACUACUGGAAGCGUCCUUGUUGUUGAUGAUGUGGUCGAAGAUGAAGAGAAGAAGGACGGAGAGAUGCGCAAACAGCAGCGACAAGAAAAGGCUGAUGAUGCUGGGAAGAAAGAUUUCGCGAACAAGAGGAAGCGCGAGGUCGCGAAGGUAUCUGAAGAUGAGGAGUUGCCUGAGACUCGGACUAGAUGGAUCAAAAAGGUUGAGGUGGCUAUCAGCUUCAAGUGA